UUAGUAUCGUCCAAUCUUUAGAUUAGUUACUACCAAAAUUAAAUUGGCGUUAUCAAUACGAUAAGCACAGCACACUUUGUUUUUAAUUAGUCUAUAGCUCUAGUCUGAUUGGUAAUUAAAAUUUAAUUAUUAUGAAUGGGACUCUACAAAAGGGCCUUUUAUUAGUGCUGUGUGUGGCUUUUGGUAGUGCAGCCCUUAGUUCUUUGGUGAAAACCCACGAAAAUGUGAAAAGUUUGAAUUAUUCUCAGCAUUUUGAAAAUGAUACUAUAAGUAAAGUGAACGCGAAGAUCUACAAGACUGCCAAUAAAUAUUACUGUAGCUUUCAGCCGGUUGAAAAUCCAGAACUGAUAAUUUAUGGCACAAAGUCAUGGUCGUUCCCGAAGCAAGACAUCAAUUUGACGCUCUCGUACCCUACGAAGAACGAGCCCACUCCCACCGGGGAUCCAAAGAAGACGUACAUCAUCACAGGGUUCAACGUGAUCCUCUUCGCAGAUACCAACGAGUCGCAGGGGUUCAUCACUAGCGGGGGGAUCUUACAGGAGUCCAUCAACCUAACCUUCGAAUGCAGCGACGUCUCAAUGCUGGUAUACGAGUUCUGGCUGUACGGCAUUCCCAAGGGCACACACAACGUUGAAGUGGCGUCUGCCAGCUUGCUCACUUCGCUCAACGACUUGUGUGCGCCGAACGAACUUUACUACAACUGAUCAUCUGCUAAAUAAGACUUCUUUUAAUUCUGAAUUUAUGGGUCUAGAUUGAAAACUUAUAAAAAAAUCAUUUAUUUUUGCAAAUAGGCUUUUAAAAAGCACUUUUACACGUCCCAGUAUUAACCCUACCACUGCUUCGGGAUAAUAAAUGGGCCAGAGCUGAGAAGAAACAGCGCAAGAAACUCAGUCAUUAUUGGCAGCCUCCUUUUCAGGGGCUUAUAUACAGUCUUUAAAAUAUAAAAAUUAUAGUCAUAAGACGUAUUGAUGCGAGCUAUGUAGUUGAACAUUCCAAACAUUUUUAUCUUUGAUGUAGGUAAUCAUCAAUUUUAUAGUAAGCUUAACCCUUUUUCAUUAAGGUUGAGACGUGAGAAUAGUUGUUACAGCUCACAUACUUUAAAUGAGAAGAAAAUUCUUUUGAGGUGUUGUCAAUAAAGGUAUUACAAAUUCAUUAGCUAACUAAGCUUUUCAACGGUGACUUUAAAAGCUUGCUGUCAGUGUAUUACGAUGUUAGGAAUUGUAAGUAAAUAAAAAUUUGAAAUCUC